ACAGCAGAGGCGGAACAAGCCGCGAGACGGAAAUGACGUGACGGUGUCGUCAGCUGUAUGUUGAUGUUGUGUGGCAACAGAAGGACCGAGGGACGGAAGACGGUUUGUUUUUGUUCUGUUAUCCGCCGUUUUCUCCCUCAGAACCACCUCAUAUUGAAUUAAAUUCGCUCCGGGGUGACAGGAGCGAGUAUAGCGACUUAAAAGACGCUCAAGUUUAAAUGAUAAAACGCGUUCAGAGUCGUUAAAACGGACACCCUCCCUGAACGGUCAUGACGAUCCUGCCGAAGAAGAAGCCGAACUCAUCGGUCGGUGUGUCUGAUCACCCCGACGACCCCGACCGCCGGACCGGCUCCGACCCGCACCAGCACCAGCACCAGCACACCCACGGGGUCCGGCCAGGUGCGAGGCCCCGCGCUUCCCCGCCACCCUGGUCAUAUCAAGCCGCCCCGCCGCCAUCCAGAGAGGACAGGCGGACUGAAUCCAGCUCGCGGCCGCAGCAGGCCUCUCCUCCGCCGGUGGGCGCCGGGUCUCCGGUUGGCCCGGGGGAUGCGACAGGGAUGGCGUGCGUGUCCGGGGGUCGGGCUGAGCUGUCAGGUGGGGUGGGCUGUGGAGGAGGAAUGGGAGGCUGCUGCUCGGGUCCUGGGCUCAGUAAGAGGAGGAGACAGGCGAGCUGCUCCGGUGGGGUGGCCGGUGGAGGGACCGGACCAGGAGCGACGGGGGGAGGAGGCGGCAGUGGAGGAGGAGGGGGUCCCGGUCCCGAGCAGGAGGAAGGAGCCGGCUAUAACAGUGAGGAUGAGUACGAGAAUGCUUCGAGACUACAGUCAGAGGACCCAGCGACUGUUGAACAGACUGCACUCAGCAUGCAUGGUAUUACGGACGCAGAGCAGGAGCACUGGUUUGAAAAAGCACUCCAGGAAAAGAAAGGAUUUGUCAUCAAAAAAAUGAAGGAGGAUGGUGCCUGCCUCUUCAGAGCUGUUGCUGAUCAGGUUUACGGAGACCAAGAUAUGCACGAAGUCGUCCGCAAACAUUGCAUGGAUUACUUGAUGAAAAAUGCAGAUUACUUCUCAAACUAUGUGACAGAGGACUUCACUACAUACAUCAACAGAAAGAGGAAGAACAACUGUCAUGGAAACCAUAUUGAGAUGCAGGCUAUGGCAGAGAUGUACAAUCGGCCAGUGGAAGUUUAUCAGUAUGGCACAGAACCAAUCAACACGUUCCAUGGCAUCCAUCAAAAUAAUGACGAGCCAAUCAGAGUUAGUUACCAUCGGAACAUUCACUAUAACUCUGUAGUGAAUCCCAACAAAGCUACUAUCGGAGUUGGGCUCGGACUUCCUGCCUUCAAACCAGGGUUUGCAGACCAGUCACUCAUGAAGAAUGCAAUUAAAACGUCAGAGGAAUCCUGGAUUGAGCAACAGAUGCUGGAGGACAAGAAGAGAGCUACGGAUUGGGAAGCCACCAAUGAGGCCAUAGAAGAGCAAGUGGCUAGAGAAUCGUACUUACAGUGGCUUCGAGACCAGGAGAAACAGGCACGGCAGCCUCGUAAGGCAAGCGCUACGUGCAGCUCCGCCACGGCUGCGGCCUCCAGUGGUUUGGAAGAAUGGAAUGCCCGAUCGCCACGGCAACGCAGCUCCGCCCCCUCUCCGGAGAUUCCUGAUCCUUCGCACACGGACACAACCGCUAAGCCCCCCUCCCCGGCCGGAACGGCCCACGCACUUUCCAAACCCCCUUCACCCUGUGCACCAGGUCCCAGUAACCAGGCUUGUGUUGGACCAGACAGACCCACCUCGUCUUCUCUGGUGUCUCUGUAUCCAGCACUGGGCUAUCGGGCCAUUAUGCAAGAGAUGUCCCCUACUGCUUUUGGCCUAACAGACUGGGAAGAUGACGAGAUACUGGCGUCCGUCUUGGCCGUGUCACAACAGGAAUACCUCGAUAGCAUGAAGAAAAACGCCAUGCAUAGAGAACCUUCUCCAGACAGCAGUUGAUAAAGGAGGGUUGAGGCACAAUCUGCACCCAAAGCAGGAGGCAGAGACAUGGGGAUCAAACCAGUCACAUUCUCUCCAUCAUCAUGCAGUUCACACUGUCCUCCCUCUCCUUCCCCAUCCAUCAGUCCAUCACUGGCCUCAGCCAUUCAGCAGUUAUGGCCCAUUGUUGUGAUACUCACCUAACCACUCCUUUUCUUUCGUAUGCCAUUCACACCAUCAUUGGACUUCUUUAGAUGCAUGUGAAAAUAAACAUGACUGAUAUCAUUAUAGAAAACAUGGGGAAGCAAAAUAUUAUUGAAAAAAAAAGUCAUACUUUAUCCUCUUAAUUAAUUGAUUAAUAUAAUCUUGUUUUAUUUUCUUGUUUGGGAUGAAAAUGCUCUUUUUUCUUGGAUAAAAAAAAGAACUUUCUGAAGAAAUAUACUUAUUUGCUGGCAUCCUUUUUAUACAGUCUUGAUUUCCUUAACAUAUUAGUAAGUUUUGUUUGUGAUUUAUGUGAAUUUGCAAUAUUUUUGAUGACUUCACUAUUAAUUUCAAAUGUGGAAAACCGUUUUAUUAAAGAAUAAGGUGUGUCUGAAUGAUA